AUGUCUAGCAGAAGGUCCAGAUCACGGCAAUCGAGUAGUUCAAGAAUAACUGAUGAUCAGAUUUACGAUCUUGUUUCCAAAUUGCACCAACUUCUUCCUGAGCUUCGAAGCAGAAACUCUGAUAAGGUAUCGGCAGCGAAAGUGUUGCAAGAAACUUGCAACUACAUAAGAAGCUUGCACAAAGAAGUGGAUGAUCUGAGUGAGAGAUUAUCGGAGUUACUAGCAACGACCGACAGUGCCCAAGCUGCCAUCAUCCGAAGUUUGCUUAUGCAAUAG